CUCCCACAUUCCAAAUCAAAAUUCAAAUCAACACACACUACUACAUCAAGAUUCAAGACUCUUCUAACAGGAAAUGGAGGGCUCAUCGAAUAAAGGAGAAGAAGCAGCAAAAUCAUUUCCAUGCACAUAUUGUUCUAGAAAGUUCCACAGCUCGCAGGCGCUAGGCGGCCAUCAAAACGCCCACAAGAAGGAGAGGAGCGCCGCGGGGAAGACGAAGAGGGCGGCCACGGACUACGCUCUGAUGCCGUCGCCGCCGCCCCUCUUCUUCUCUCCCGGCUACCCCGUCGGCAUUAUCAAUCCACCGCAGUACGCAGUUCACGGUGCGGCGGCGCUGUAUCAGUACAGCGUUGCGCAUGAGCAGAGCUCGGCGUACUGUGGUCAGUGGAGUCGGGUUAGGUGCAUCGAUGACGAGGAUUAUCACGAGAGGCGGCGCAGAGACCAGAAGCUUGAUUUGUCUCUGCAUUUGUAGACAAAUCACAAAUGUAAUGUGUCCACACAAUUCAGAUUUUAAUCAACUACUACUAAUAAUAUUUAGUCCUCCGA